GGUAACCAGAAAAUCUCCAAGGCAAAUUCUAUAAGCGGCAAUUUCGUGGCUCCUUUUCUGCUCAUUCUGGGCGAGCCUUUUUAGUUUUAUCUUAUCCAGUGAGUGAAAAGGUUACGAAUAUCGAAAGUGUCCUUAGCUAAGCUGAAUUCAACUCUCAGUUUCCAAGGGUGAAAUCCUUUCUGCUUGCAUUUUGUGAUAAUAAAAAGUGCAGAGUGUUCGCAAACCUCAGAUCCAGCCAGAUCUUGUGAUCAUACACAACAAUGGAGCUAAAGUGGAUGCUUCUACUUUCAUCCAUAAUCAUCUAUGUGAGUUAUUGCUUCUUCAGACGACGAAAUUUUCCACCAGGACCACUCGGCAUUCCAAUUCUUGGCUACUUACCGUUUCUCAAUCCACGCCUACCGUACAUAUCUCUGCAAGACCUCUCCCGUAAAUAUGGUGCAAUUUAUGGUCUUUACCUAGGCUCCGUUUACACCGUUGUGCUCUCAGAUGUUACUAUAAUUCGCGAAGCACUCAAACGCGAAGAAUACACCGGGCGAGCACCUCUCUAUCUAACGCAUGGCAUCAUGGGUGGAUAUGGUAUCGUUUGUGCCGAAGGCCUUCUCUGGAAAGAUCAACGUCGUCAAUCAAGCGAAUGGUUACGAAGACUCGGGAUGAGCAAGUUUGGAAUGGUUCGAAGCCGUCUGGAGAAACGGAUCAAGGCCGGAGUCGAGGAAUUCUUGCAGAUGAUGAACAAUUCAGCAAUAAGCAAUAAAUGCGCUGAAGGUAAAGAGCAAUUUCUGGUGAAUCCAAUGCACGCCCUGCUCCAUUCGAUGGGGAAUGUUAUAAAUGAUCUGGUAUUCGGCAUCACUUACGAGCAUGAUGACGCAACUUGGAAAUAUUUGCAGCAACUGCAAGAAGAAGGCGUCAAGCACAUUGGCGUGUCGGGAGUCGUUAACUUCUUGCCACUUCUCAGGUUUUCGCCGGCUAAUAGAAACACAAUCGCCUUUUUAUUGGACGGCAAGCGGCGAACCCAUGCAAUUUACGAUAGAAUCAUUGAAAAGGCCAGAAGCGUACUGUCGGCAACCACGAAGAACGGUUCUAAUGCGCUAGAAAGUGAAAGUGGCGAGUCCAUUGAAAACCCCAGGAACGACAGCAGCAAUGAUGAUUGCAGCUCUAACCUUAAUGUCGGCGACGUCGAUUGCAUUCUUAAAUACUUUCUUCAAGAGAAGGAGCGGCGGCUGUCACAAGGCGACGAUUCCGCCCACAGUAUUUACAAAGAUAUUCAAUUACGUCACCUGUUGGCGGAUUUUUUUGGCGCCGGCGUCGACACAACGCUAACUACCUUACGUUGGUUUUUACUCUACAUGGCAAAAAAUCCUAGCUUGCAGGCACAAUUGAGAACGGCUAUAAUCGAAACUUGUAUGAUUAGUGAUGCCGUUGUUGCUGAUGGCGGUCUUGCGAAUGGCGACGCUGCCGUUUGGAAUCCAAACUUGAACGACCUUGAAAAACUGGAUCUGCUGAAAGCCUGCAUAUCGGAAACACAGCGUAUACGAUCUGUUGUACCACUCGGAAUUCCACAUGGCACCACAAAAGAAACAGAGCUAUGCGGAUUUGCAAUCCCAAAGAACUCCAUGAUUAUACCACUACAAUGGGCCGUUCAUAUGAACCCAGAAUUUUGGCCAGAUCCUGAAAAAUUUGAUCCUUCUCGAUUCUUGACUGCCACUGGAGAAUAUUUCGCGCCACCGAACUUCAUUCCAUUUCAGACAGGUAAACGAAUUUGCUUGGGCGAAGAGCUGGCUCGUAUGCUACUCUACCUGUUUGCUGGCAGCAUUAUAUACCACUAUGAAUUCACUCUAUCGGCCGAAGAAUCGAACGUAGAUAUGCAAGGUGAAUGCGGAAUAACCUUGACCCCGCCGCAUUAUUCGCUGCUUCUCAAAAAAGUCAACAAUUGAAACCACCAGAUUUUCAAUCAAUUCGUAUUGUAUUUUUUCAAAUGUAUCUUUUAAUCAUAGUAAUAACAUAUUUUCUG